ACGGAGGGAGUAUUAUCUUUAUCACUGUUCUUAUUGCAUCCAUGUACCUCAUCUGAUGUUAUGGUCAUGUUCAGAUUUGUUUCUCUCUGUUUCUUUGUGUCUGGGCUGCCUGUUUCUUUUCGCGGUUUGCUAUCGGAGAGGCGAUCACUCUUGUCAAAUCUCAGCAGCCAAUGAGCACCACCCAGAGUGCCAGGUCAUCAGCAACGACCAGAUAAAGAAGCGGAUGAGAUGCCACUCCACUUCACUCCUGCUGCUUGUAUCCUCCUCGUCGUCUUUCCCCUUCCUUCCCUCCUCCGUCGUCCAAGCUUUCUCCAGAAAGGGGGAAGAAGGGACGAGGAGCCCAGCAUGCCGCUCUGCAGCUUCUACGCCUCCACGUCCGUCCCCGUCGUCAAGCCCCAGCAGUCCGUCGCCUCCUCCAAGCCCCCCUCCACGGCGGCGGCCUCUGUGACUACAACUGUGCCGAUGCGCAGUGCGACGACGGCGACGGUAACGACGGCCGUGCCCACAGCGAGCCAAACGCUGUCGCUGCACCUGCCGGAGCUGCCGUCGCAGGUGAAGGACAAGAUCCUGAGCCUAGAGCUGAUGGGCGUGGACUACAGGCGCGCGCUGGAGCUGAACCCGGCGCUCCGCGACGCGGCGCCGGAGUCCAUCCACGCGGUGGUGUCGUUCCUCCAGUCCCGCGGGCUCCAGUUCAAGGACCUGGGCCGCGUCUUCGGCAUGUGCCCGUCCGUGCUCACCGCCAGCGUCCGCGCCGACCUCCGCCCCGUCUUCGCCUUCCUCUCCGAGGACCUGUGCAUCCCGGAGUCGGCGCACCGGCGCGUGGUGAUCAAGUGCCCGCGCGUGCUGGCCUGCAGCGUCCGCGACCAGCUCCGCCCGGCGCUCAUCUACCUCCGCCGCCUGGGGUUCCGUGACAGCCGCGCGCUGGCGCUGCAGGACCCGAUCCUCCUCGUCUCCAGCGUGGAGCGCACCCUGGCGCCGAAGCUGGAGUACCUGGCCGGGCUGGGCAUGUCGCGGGACGACGCCGUCGCCAUGGUGCUGCGGUGCCCGGCGCUCUUCACCUUCAGCAUCGAGCGGAACUUCAGGCCCAAGUUCGAGUACCUGGUGGACGCCAUGGGCGGCGGCGUCGAGGACGUCAAGGCCUUCCCGCAGUACUUCGCCUUCAGCCUCGAGAAGCGGAUCGCGCCCCGCCACCGCGCCGCGGAGGACGCCGGCGUCGCGCUGCCGCUGCCGGACAUGCUCAAGGCCACCGACGAGGAGUUCAGGGAGAUGCUCGACAAGGAGCGGGAGCUGCUGCAGGAGCAGACAGCGACGACGGACUGAUCGAGGGCCGCGCCAUGCUUUGUAUGCUUGUUUGCGCCUGAUCCGAAGAAUGCAAGUAUUCAACCGCCGUCUACAUGGCGAGUGUCCUGGCCAUGACGGUAGCAAUGUAGCCAUUUGAUUUGAGUAAUUAUUAGCCUGUACAUAUGCAUUAACAAUAUUAUUUGGUUAGUAGCCACGACUCGUAAGCUCAGGAGAGAUGCCUGUUCUUCCUCCAAUUGAAUAAGCACCGUGCAGGAAGUCGUGCCUCUAUGUACAAAAAAAAUACAUGUAUGAAUUUUGUAUGAAUGUACCAACAGCCUUAAAUUUAUCAACCGAAUAUGUCAGUCAUUCA